AGCCCAGGUCGCCAGUGCGCACGCGCAAGAUUAGGUGGGGCGCCAGAGCCGGGGCACCUGCGCAGGCUUGGCUGCGCCCUCUCGCGCCGCACGCUCAGCGGGUUCCUCACUCCUCCCGAGCCUCUCCUCUGGCCGCCGCGCGGGAGAGAGGCCGAGAUGGCAGAUGAGAUUGCCAAGGCUCAGGUCGCUCGGCCUGGUGGCGACACGAUCUUCGGGAAGAUCAUCCGCAAGGAAAUACCAGCCAAAAUCAUUUUUGAGGAUGACCGGUGCCUUGCUUUCCAUGACAUUUCCCCUCAAGCACCAACACAUUUUCUGGUGAUACCCAAGAAACAUAUAUCCCAGAUUUCUGCAGCAGAAGAUGAUGAUGAAAGUCUUCUUGGACACUUAAUGAUUGUUGGCAAGAAAUGUGCUGCUGAUCUGGGCCUGAAUAAGGGUUAUCGAAUGGUAGUGAAUGAAGGUUCAGAUGGUGGACAGUCUGUCUAUCAUGUUCAUCUCCAUGUUCUUGGAGGUCGGCAGAUGCAUUGGCCUCCUGGUUAAGCACGUUUUGGGGAUAAUUUUCUCUUCUCUAGGCAAUGAUUAAGUUAGGCAAGUUGCAGUAUGUUAAGUAACACACUUAUUUUUGCCUGUGUAUGGAGAGAUUCAAGAAAUAAUUUUAAAGCCGCAUACAUAAUAAAAGACAUUGUUGCAUGGCUUAUAGUCUCGCUGAAUGUUGCAUUUGAUUGUUAUUUUAAAAAUAUAUUUGUUGGAAUAUGUGAAGGUGGGUUUAUAAUUUUGGACGUUUCUUGCUUUUUCUUCCCAAGGAGGACUCAACAUAUGAACAUUGCAUUGUUUUAAUGGUGUUACUAGUCUUUGAAGACAAAUAAUGAGAGUUUAUAAAUUUAGCUUUAACUUUGAAAUAUCUUUCCAGGCUAAAAUAGGUCCAACUUAGAUUUUUAAACUAAUUCUCACAUUUUCUAAGAACAUUGGAAAUUGACCAUUUUGGGUUUAGAAACAGUGCUUUAUGUUCAGCCCACAUUGCCCCUGGACUCUGGGCGUAAUUUGGAAGGGAUGAAAGUAGGUUUGUGACAUAAUCUUUGAUGACCAUGUGAAGCCAUACAUUGGUAUUUCCUUGCUAUUUAAACUCCAUCUGAAUAUUUAUUAUAAAGACUUGAAAACAUUUUACGUAUAAUUCAUUUUUCCAAUUGAAACCCCACUGUUCUAAAUGUGUAUGCUCACAUUAAUAAACAUAUUUAAGUUGUGCACAAAUCUGGCUACGUCAUAUAGAGUAGGAAAGGGAACUUGUCAGGGUCUGAGUUUUCAUGUAGACUGACAACCAACCUUUUGUUUUUAGUCUCACCAUGUACCCUGGCCUUUCUAAGGUUCUGUUUUUUUUAAUUUUUUUUUUUUUUUUUUUUGAGACGGCGUCUUGCUGUUUCACCCAGGCUGCAGUGCAGUGGUGUGAUCUCAGCUCAAUGCAACCUCCACCUCCUGGGUUCAAGUGAUUCUGCCUCACCCAGCCUCCCGAGUAGCUGGGAUUACUGGUGUGUGCCACCAUGCCUGGCUAAUUUUUGUAUUUUUGGUAGAGAUGGGGUUUCACUAUGUUGGCCAGGCUGGUCUCGAACUCCUGAGCUCAGGUGAUCUGCCCACCUUGGCCUCCCAAAGUGCUGGGAUUACAGGUGUGAGCCACCACUCCCGGCCUCUAAGGUUCUAUUUAAUACAAGGUUAAUAGCUUUGCUUUUUUGCUUUUCUUUGUGUGGGCACUUUCCAGCUUCCAAAAUUUAAUAAUUUUUUUUUGUUUCUUCUCCCAUUCUCUUCAUACUUACAGGUUUUUUCCUUUUUUUUUUUUUUUUUUGUGAGACAGAGUCAUCCUGUCAUCCAAGCUGGAGUACAGUGGCACGAUCUUGGCUCACUGCAAUUUCCGCCUCCCAGGUUCAAGCAAUUCUCCUGCCUCGGCCUCCCAAGUAGCUGGGACUACAGGCGCACACCACCAUGCCUAGCUAAUUUUUGUAUUUUUAGCAGGGAUGGGGUUUCACCAUGUUGGCCAGGCUGGUCUCGAACUCCUGACCUCAGGUGAUGCACCCACCUUGGCCUCCCAAAGUGUCAGGAUUACAGGUGUGAGCCACUGUGACCAGCCUUCCAUUUUUAAUCUCUAAAAAGAUUGUUGUAGGAUUUUGACACAUUUAAUUGAAAGUUGUUUUUCUUAAAAUUUUAUUUCCUGUUAGUGAUUUUUUAAAAUAGUUUUUUUUUUUUUUGGAGGUGGGGAGACGAGGGAAAUUGGCUCUUUAUGUGCAACACAUAAUUUUUUCCCAAUUUGUCAUUUGUCCCCUUACUUUGUUUAUGGUGUUUAAAAUGUUUAUAUAGUUAAUAUAUCCAUCUUAAAUUUAUUUCAUAAGCCUUUCCCACCCUAAGAGGAUUUUAAAAUAUUAUUCUUUUUUUUCCUAGUACUUUUUUUUUGAGACUGAGUCUCGCUCUUGUUGCCCAGGCUGGAGUGCAAUGGUGCAGUCUCAACUCACUGCAACCUCUGCCUCCCAGGUUCAAGCAUUUCUCCUGCCUCAGCCUCCUGAGUAGCUGGGAUUACAGGCAUGUGCCACCACGCCCGGCUAAUUUUGUAUUUUUAGUAGAGACGGGGUUUCUCCUUGUUCAUCAGGCUGGUUUCGAACUCCCGACCUCAGGUGAUCCACCCGCUUCGGCCCCCGAAAAUGUUGGGAUUACAGGCGUGAGCCACUGCGCCCGGCCUUUCCUAGUACUUUUAUGACUUUACAUUUUAUGUUGAGGGAAGGUGUAGGGAGGAGUUUUGGAGGGAUUUGUGCCACAGUAAAGAAUGAAGUAAUGAGAUGCAUUUGUAUUAUGUAUAAGAGGGUUGGCUGGGCUUUUAUCAUGCAUAUUGUCUUUACCACUGAUUUAGUUAAGCUGAUGUUAAUAAAUCAGGUAGACAACCA